AUUUUCGUUGUCUUAAAGACAAGAGGAGCAACGAGUUUUAUAUGUGUAGAUGUUGAAACAGUUUUAUACAACUAUUAUGUGGUUUCAAUAAACAUUUGUUCUUUUAAUCAGAUCUACAUUAUCGAAGCUCCGCUGAGAGGAUGGCUGACAUAAAGAGUAUGUUCUCCAAAAUGGCUGCUUCAUCUAGCAGCAAUGGAGAUGCAGGUAACAAAACUGAAGAUGAGGAAAAUUCCCCUAGUGCUGCUCCACCUCAAAAAUCAACCAAGAAAAAGGAGAUUAUUGAGCAAACUUAUCAGAAAAAAACUCAAUUGGAGCAUAUUCUUUUACGUCCUGAUACUUACAUUGGGUCUGUUGAAAAAAGUGUAGAAACCAUGUGGAUAUAUGACACUGAGAGAGAAAAGAUGGUUCAAAAACAAAUUGAGUUUGUACCAGGUCUGUAUAAAAUAUUUGAUGAAAUAUUAGUAAAUGCUGCUGAUAACAAACAACGUGACAAAUCAAUGGACUGUAUUAAAAUUGAAAUAAAACCUGAAGAAAACAUAAUAUCUGUAUGGAACAAUGGUAAAGGUAUACCUGUAGUAAUGCACAAAGAAGAAAAAAUGUUUGUACCAACUAUGAUCUUUGGUCACCUUUUAACAUCAUCAAAUUAUAAUGAUAAUGAAGAAAAAGUAACAGGUGGUAGGAAUGGUUAUGGUGCUAAACUCUGCAACAUCUUUAGUACUAAAUUCACAGUUGAGACUUUCUCCAAAGAAUAUAAAAAACAGUUUAAGCAAACUUGGGGUAGUAACAUGACAAAAGCAUCUGAACCUAAAAUAAAAGAAGCGUCAGGGGAAGAUUAUACUAAAAUCACUUUUAUGCCAGAUUUAUCUAAAUUUAAAAUGGAAAAACUGGACCAGGAUAUAGUUGCACUAAUGUCUAGAAGAGCUUAUGAUGUAGCUGCAUCAACUAGAGGCGUCAAAGUUUUUUUAAACAACAAACGACUUCCUGUUAAAAACUUCAAAGAUUACAUAGACUUGUAUAUAAAAGGAAAAGAUGAUAGUGAUGAGAAGCCAAAAGUUAUUCAUGAAAUAGUAAACGAAAGAUGGGAAGUUGCUCUUACUAUUUCUGAUAGAGGGUUUCAACAAGUGUCAUUUGUUAAUAGUAUAGCCACUACAAAAGGGGGUAGACAUGUUGAUUAUGUCACAGAUAUGAUUGUUAAACAAUUGAUAGAGGUUUUGAAAAAGAAAAAUAAAGGCGGUAUUAAUAUCAGGCCCUUUCAAGUGAAAAACCAUAUGUGGCUAUUCAUGAAUUGUUUAAUUGUAAAUCCUACUUUCGAUUCACAAACAAAAGAAAACAUGACAUUGCAAAUGAAGAGCUUUGGAUCGAAAUGCAAUUUGUCUGAAAAGUUUAUUAAUCAAGUUACCAAAAGUGGUAUAGUGGAAACUGUAUUGUCGUGGGCUAAAUUCAAAGCACAAAAUGAAUUGGCUAAGACUAGUGGCAGGAAACAAAGUCGAUUAAAAGGCAUAGCGAAGUUAGAAGAUGCAAACGAAGCAGGUACUAAAAACGCAUUGAAAUGUACUCUAAUAUUGACUGAGGGAGACUCAGCUAAGAGUACUGUAAUGUCUGGUUUAGCUGUGGUAGGUAGAGACUAUUACGGUGUUUUUCCCCUAAGAGGUAAAUUGCUAAAUACUAGGGAAGCAACACACAAACAGAUUUUGGAAAAUCAAGAAAUCAACAACAUCAUCAAAAUAAUGGGUCUACAGUACAAGAAAAAAUAUAACUCUCCAGAUGAUAUGAAAACUUUGAGGUACGGAAAAAUAAUGAUAAUGACUGAUCAGGAUCAGGAUGGUUCUCAUAUAAAAGGUUUACUUAUUAAUUUUAUACAUCACAAUUGGCCAGAAUUGCUCAAACAGAAUUUUAUCGAACAGUUCAUUACACCUAUCGUUAAAGCUCGUAAGAAGAAUGAAGUAUUGUCCUUCUAUUCAUUGCCGGAAUUCGAAGAAUGGAGAUCUAACACGCCCAAUAGUAAUACAUAUUCUGUCAAAUAUUACAAAGGUUUGGGUACUUCCGAUGCGAAGGAAGGUCGAGAAUAUUUUACUAAUAUCGAUAGACACAGGAUAAGAUUUAAGUAUAGCGGCCAACAAGAUGACGAUCAUAUAGUUUUAGCAUUUAGCAAGAAACAAAUAGAAAACAGGAAGGAAUGGUUGACGAAUUUUAUGGUAGAGAGUAGAAGGAGAAAAGAAAUAGGACUUCCUGAAAAAUAUCUUUAUGCUAAAGAUACAAGAUUUGUGACAUUCACAGAUUUUAUCAAUAUGGAACUUGUACUGUUUUCUAAUGGAGAUAAUAUUAGGUCUAUACCUUGUUUGGUAGAUGGAUUGAAACCUGGUCAAAGGAAGAUUCUUUACGUCGCUAUAAAACGUAAUGACAAGAAGGAAGUGAAAGUAAGUCAGUUGGUGGGUUCUGUUAUGGAAAAAGCAGCUUAUCACCAUGGUGAUACUUCACUAGCGAUGACCAUAGUCAAUAUGGCUCAAAAUUUUGUUGGCAGCAAUAACAUCAAUUUAUUGGAACCCAGAGGACAGUUUGGUACCAGGUUAGCAGGUGGUAAAGAUUCAGCUAGUCCUAGGUAUAUUUUUACCAAAUUGUCGCCUUUGACCAGAUUAAUUUUCCAUCCUCAUGAUGAUGCAUUGUUGAAGCAUGAGUAUGAUGACAAUAUGAAGAUUGAACCACAAUGGUAUAUUCCUAUUUUGCCUAUGGUACUUGUUAAUGGAGCUGAUGGAAUUGGUACUGGAUGGAUGACGAAAAUUCUUAACUAUAAUCCAAGAGAUAUUGUUGCAAAUGUGAGACACAUGCUAGAUGGAGAAGAACCAAAAGAAUUACUACCAUGGUACAAAAAUUUCACAGGUACUAUAGAAUAUUGUGGAGAUUCCAGGUAUGUAAUUAAUGGAGAAAUAUCUAUAUUGGAAAGGGACCAAAUCGAAAUAACAGAGUUACCUGUAGGUACAUGGACACAGAAUUAUAAAGAAAAUGUGUUGGAGCCCAUGUUGCAUGGUUCUGAAAAAAUAAAGGCUGUCCUCUCAGAUUAUAAAGAUUAUACAACAGACACCACAAUAAAAUACGUCAUUACCCUUCAAAAUGGCCAAAUGGAGAUUAUGGAAAAGGAAGGACUUCAUAAAACAUUUAAAUUACAAUCACUUCUUCAUACUACGUCUAUGUGCGCUUUUGACGAAUAUGGAUGCCUCAAAAGGUAUGAUUCUGUUAUGACCAUCCUUAAAGAAUUUUACGUCCUUCGUCUCAAGUUUUAUGAAAUGAGAAAAGAUUGGCUUACGGGGAUGCUUGGGGCUGAAGCUGCAAAACUUUCUGCACAAGCUAGGUUCAUUAUGGAAAAAUGUAAUGGAGAAUUGGUUGUUGAAAAUAAGAAACGAAAAACCAUUGUAGAUGAAUUGAUCAAAAGAGGAUACCCCGCUGAUCCUGUGCAAGAAUGGAAACAGAAGAAUGUUGAUGAAGAGGAUGAAGAAAAACAAGAAGAUACUUUAGAAAACGAAGAAGACGAAAACGAGGAUCCUUCCAAAAAAAAGAAAACCCCAGCAAAUCAUCCAGAUAUUAAAAAAUUCGAUUAUCUGUUAGGUAUGUCAAUGUGGAUGUUAACCGAAGAAAGAAAAAAUGAGUUAUUAAAUCAAAAAGAUAAUAAAUUAACAGAAUUGAAUAUUUUGAAGAAGAAGUCUCCUUCUGAUUUAUGGAGAGAAGAUCUAGACGCUUUUAUUGAAAAUUUAGAUAAAAUCGAGAAGAAAGAGAGAGAUGAACAUUUGAAGGAACUACAUCAGAUGCAAAUGAAGAAAGAAGCGGAAAAACCAACUAAGGGCAGAAAAAAAGUGAAACUAUGUGAAACAAUGCCUUCACCAAUGGGAGAAAGAAUUGCACCAACAAUUAGUGAAGAUUUAAAAAAGAAAAUUCAAAUGGCUGUAAAAACUAAAGCCAAUAGAUUGAAUAAGGGCAUUAAGAAAGAAAAUAUUGCUGAAGAGGAAGAAGAUGAAUUCGAUUCAAUGGUGAAAAGCAAAAAAACUCUUAAAGAUAAAUUGGGUACUCCAGACGAAAUUGACAAGAAAGUGAAGAAGAAGAAAGAAGGAGGGGAUGGAUUGAAACAAUCUAAACUCAAUUUUCCUAAUAUUAAUGGCACACCCAAGAAGAAGGGGCGUAAAAAGAAAGUGGGAUCAGAGGAUGAAGAUGAACUGGAGUUCUCAGGGUCUGGCUCAGAUGUUGAAUUUCUUUCAUCGCCUAGUCCAACUGUAAAAGAAAGAUUUAUGAACAGACGAGCUGCUACAAAAGUUACUAAAUACGCUAUUUCUGAUGAUGAAGAUGAUAAAUUAUCGGAUAAAGAGGAAGAGUUGUUUGAUAAUGACGCUGUCAUACAACCUGACGAUUAUAAAGAGACUCUAGUAAGUUCCGAUGAUGAAACGAAACCUACUCCAAGACACGAAACGUCGGAAGAUAUGUUUGAUAAUUUAGUAGGUAGAAAAAAAGAAAAUGAAGAAGAACAAUCAGAAACUAACAAACGAAAGAAAUCUGAUGAAUCAGAUUCGGAUGUCACGACGAAAAAAUCAAAGCCUAACUGGGACAAUUCCAGCGAAGAAGAUAUUUUUGAACCAGUGAAAGAAAAACCCAAAUCGAAGUCUAAAGCUGCAAAACCCAAGGAAGAUAAACCUAAAAAACCUAGACAGAAAAAGAAGAAGUCUAGUGAUGACGAGGAUUCCGCUCCUGUCAAAAAGGUCAAAGCUAAGAAGAAGAAAGAUUUUUCAGAUGGAAGUGACAAAGAUAAUGAUGAUGAUUUUGUUAUUAACGAUGAUACGCCAAUAAAGAAAACAAAAUCAAAGAAAAAGAAUUCGCCUUCCGAUGACGACGAUGAUUUUAAAUUGAGUGACGCAAUUUCAAAAAAAGGUAGAGGUAGAAAAAAGAUAGCAGCAUCAUCCGAUGAUGAUUUUGGUCUUAGUAAAAGUGACAAUGAAGAUAAUAAAGCUCAAACCACCGAAGUUAUAAGGCCAGCAAGGGCAGGAAGGAAUGUUGCAAAGUCUAAAUAUACAUUUGAUGAUUCUGAUGAAUCUAUUUAGGAAGGUCUGCAAUAGAUAAUGUACAUAGUAGUAAUUGUGAAAGUGUUUUUACCUGAAUUUGGAGCCGCUCUCUCAGUGAGAUAGCUUGGAUUUCUCAUUUACAGUUGAAAUCAUCUUUUAAGAUGGGAUUUAUUUUUGUAUUUAAUUUCAUAAUUACUUAAUUUUUAUCUUGUAUUUAUUAACUAACUCUAUUUUAUGAAUAAUAUAAUUUUUGGGACAGACUGAUUGAUAGAGGAUAGAAUUUAUUUGGCGAACAAAGAAAACGGAAAAUUAGAAGAGUUAUUUAAAUUUUUUAAUUGGUUCUUUUAUUCUUUAACAAAUAAUUUUGUAGAUUAUAUAAGUUUCUCUUCUAAUAAUAAUCUAAUACCAAAAGGAAAAAUGUAUUAUCAAACGAUAAGAAUAUUUUGGGGGAAAUAAAAAAUUGUGUUGAGAAGUAUUUCGGAACAAUUUCAUUAUUUGAUUAUAAUAAUUUAUAUAUACAUAUGUAUCAACAGAACUCUUUAAAUAAUCUAAUAUUUUUUUAUAUAUAGUUUUUAGGAUAAUUUAUAAUAUUUAUAUUGAUAAAUAAAGUGAAUUUUUAAUUUGCGCCUUCUACGCAUUCUAUCAGUAUGUCUCUUAUUUUAUUUUAUAAAUAAAGAACAGAAUUGUUUUUAUAGUUU